AUGAAAAAUAUGCAAACUGAUCAAAUAUUUCCAAAAUCUUCAGAAAGCGAAGAUGACAGUGAAAAAACGGUUGCAUCUACAAACGAUUCCCCGAGCAACAGUAAAGCUGCGGCAAAGGUGCACUUUAACGAUAUAGAAAGUGCGAUGAUCAAUUCGGCGAUCGAGGAAACAAUUUUCAAGUUGAUCAUUGUCAACAUGGAGGACGACCAGUCGAGCACGCCAAUUGCGAUUAAACCGCCGAUGCACGUGCGGUUCGAUCCUUCGUACAAGAACAGAACGCUAAGUGAGACACAAACCGUGGAGGUGGCGAUGGGGAUGAUGAUAAUGGUUAAGUUAAAGAAUGACAUUUCAAGUCUGAGAAAAUUACUUGCCGAUACGCACGUGGAAAUGGCCGAACAGGGAACGUUCGAAACACUGCAAACCUUUAUGGACAUUGACAUACAAAGCGAAAGGGAAGAGCACCAGCUGAUAAGGGAUAGCAUUUUGAAUGAGAAAAGGCUCAGAGCACUGCAGGCUCGGCUCGAUGGGGAAAUGAAGCAACGCAAAUCGCUGCUGAAUCAGCUGGAUGAAGAGAUUUUUGAUCUAGAAACCAAAGUAAAGGAUACUCGUAUCGAGAAUGAUGUCAAAUCUAGACUUGUACACAACUGGGAAAGUACACGGCAUGAACAGGCACAAAUCGUAAUCGAGAGUAAGGAAAAUGAUCUUAUACGAUGCUCGAAGGAAACUACAAAUAGCAUCGAUCGCGAAUUAAGAUUAAAAAGUGAAAUAGAUGUCUAUAUCAAUUAUUGUAUCGAUUUGAUUAACGAAAAGAUCACAUUUUGGAUGGAUAAAUACCAGAAGGAGAUUAAAGCCUUCGACAACGACAUCAUGCGCCACAAGGAGCAGAUUGCCGAACUGAAAGUUAAGUACGAAGAAAUGGUGAUUCUUUACAAACAUCGUGAGAAGGAGAUUAAAAUUUGCGCCGAAUCGAAAAAGGAGCGGGAAAAGCAGAUGGCCUUCGCCGAUAAGCAAAUGCGUUCGGCAAUCAAAAUUCAAGCUUGGUGGCGGGGCACCAUGGUCCGGAAGGGGUUAGGGCCUUUCAAGAAAAAGAAGAAAUCCAAAACGCCCAAGGCUUCCAAGAAGGCCGGUGGCAAAAAGGGCAAAUAA